AUGCUCAAUGAUCGAUGGGGAAUCAUGAACAGCUCACCGGAACUCGAAGACGGACAGCGGGGCAAAAACCAGAGGAUGAGUUGUAGCUAUCUGCUAUGUACCAUCUUGCUCUUCGUGGCCGUUCUGCUCGCAGUCACAGUGACAGGAACCAUUCUUCUUAUGAACCACUACCAGGCUCCCCCUAUGUCGGACGGCCCGCCCCAUAUUAGCACCAAUCAGGACGAAGCCAAUGCACUGGUGACAGUCGAGAGGGGUGAUGGAUCACGCAUCAAUAUCUUCAUCGACCCCAACUGUCCUGAUUAUAACAGUAACUUCCUGCGGCUGGAAGGUGUGCAGACGUCUUUGCUGCACUCGCUCACUGACCACGAUACGGAUCUCAAGUCUGUCAAAGGUCAGGAUCGAGCGCUAUUGGUCAACUUGGCAGAGGAAGUUGCUAAGCUGUCUGCUCAUGCGGGGCAGCUGAAGAUGGACUAUGAAUCUCUCAGAAGAGGACAAAGCAACCUGGGACAGGACCUGAAUACACUGCAGACUGAACAAAGCAGACUUAUACAGCUGCUAUCCGAGAGCCAGAUUAACAUGGUGAAGGUUGUCAACUCUGUGAGUGAUGCUCUGAACGCCAUGCAGAAAGAAACAGGAGGCUUGAAGGCCAGGGUGAAGGCUGACCUGCAGAGGGCGCCAGUCAGAGGAGUGCGCCUUAAAGGAUGUGCUAAUGGCUCUCGUCCGCGAGACUGCAGCGAUAUAUAUGCUAGUGGUCAGAGGGAAGAUGGCAUCUACUCUGUUUUUCCCACUCAUUACCCUGCCGGCUUUCAGGUCUACUGUGAUAUGAGCACAGAUGGAGGUGGCUGGACGCGGAGAGAAGAUGGGUCUGUGAACUUCUUCAGGGAGUGGGACUCCUAUAGGGAAGGAUUUGGCAAAAUCACUGGAGAAUACUGGCUUGGGUUGAAACAGAUCCAUGCUCUCUCUAUCCAAGGAAACUAUGAACUGCGCAUUGAUCUGGAAGACUUUGAGAACAGCACAGCUUUUGCACAGUACGGUGUGUUUGGAGUUGGGCUGUUCUCUGUUGAUCCAGAGGAUGACGGGUACCCCCUCACCAUUGCUGAUUAUACCGGCACUGCAGGCGAUUCAUUACUAAAGCAUAACGGAAUGAAGUUCACAACUAAAGACAGAGACAACGAUCAUUCAGAGAAUAACUGCGCUUCUUUCUACCAUGGUGCCUGGUGGUACCGGAACUGCCACACCUCCAACCUGAACGGGCAAUACCUGCGCGGGCAGCACACCUCUUACGCCGACGGCAUCGAGUGGUCGUCCUGGACCGGCUGGCAGUACUCACUAAAAUUCACAGAAAUGAAGAUUCGACCAACACGCGAUGAGAGAGAGACCAAGUAA